AUGGGAGACGUCGAUCCGGAAACGCUUUUGGAAUGGCUCUCGAUGGGACAGGGCGACGAGCGUGACAUGCAACUGAUUGCUUUAGAGCAGCUUUGCAUGCUCCUGCUCAUGUCCGAUAAUGUAGAUAGAUGUUUUGAAAGUUGUCCACCGAGAACGUUCCUGCCCGCGCUAUGUAAAAUAUUCCUUGACGAGCUUGCUCCGGAAAAUGUGCUGGAGGUGACUGCCCGAGCCAUCACGUACUAUCUGGACGUGUCCUCCGAAUGCACCCGCCGCAUCGUCGCAAUCGAUGGCGCGAUCCGUGCAAUCUGCAACCGGCUCGAGGUGGCCGACCUCGAAAGCCGAACUAGUCGCGAUCUCGCCGAACAGUGCAUCAAGGUGCUGGAGCUGAUUUGCACCCGGGAAGCGGGUGCCGUGUUUGAGGGCGGUGGCCUAAACUGUGUGCUCACCUUCAUCCGUGACAGCGGUUCGCAGAUCCACAAGGACACGCUGCAUUCGGCCAUGGCGGUCGUAUCGCGACUGUGCACGAAGGUCGAACCACAGGGAGCGAAUGUGCAAACGUGCGUGGAGAGCCUGAGCACGCUGCUGCAGCAUGAGGAUCCGCUGGUAGCGGAUGGCGCCUUGAAGUGCUUCGCCUCGGUUGCGGAUCGAUUCACACGCAAGGGUGUCGAUCCAGCGCCGUUGGCUGAGUAUGGGCUGGUAAAGGAACUGCUGAAUCGGCUAAGCAAUGCUGCCGGUGGUCCACAGAUUUCAUCCGGCGGUGGCACGGCAGCGAUCUCCUCCAGCCUGGGAACAAACUCUUCAUCACACCCGGAAUCAUCACCGUCAACCGCACAGCUGUCGUCGUCCGCACCGAAAACGGCGCAAGGUGCAAUGGAAGCUGGCAGAUCGAGCCAAUCGAUCGCAACUACCAUAUCGCUGCUGUCAACCUUGUGCCGCGGUUCGCCCUCCAUCACGCACGAUCUGCUGCGUUCAAACUUGCUCGAGGCGAUGGAACGCGCGUUCAAAGGGGACGAACGGUGCGUGCUGGACUGUAUGCGAUUAGCUGACCUAAUUCUGCUGUUGCUGUUCGAGGGCCGGCAGGCACUGGGACGUGUCGGUGGAUCACAAGGUCAGAUAGCGCCGCGGGUAAGGCGGGCCGAUUCCAGCACGGAGCGUACCCACCGUCAGCUGAUCGAUUGCAUCCGCAGCAAGGACACCGAGGCACUGAUCGAAUCGAUCGAGUCCGGUGGUAUCGAUGUCAAUUGCAUGGAUGAUGUGGGGCAAACGUUGUUAAACUGGGCGUCCGCCUUCGGCACCCUAGAGAUGGUGGAGUUUCUGUGUGAUAAGGGAGCGGACGUAAACAAGGGACAGCGCAGCUCGUCCCUUCACUAUGCGGCCUGCUUCGGGCGACCCGGUAUUGCGAAGGUGCUGCUUAAGCAUGGUGCAAAUCCGGACCUGCGCGACGAGGACGGUAAAACACCGCUCGAUAAGGCGCGUGAACGGCCGGAUGAAGGCCAUAGAGAGGUGGCCUCGAUCUUGCAAUCACCGGGUGAAUGGAUGAUGGCGGCUACAAGGUCGGAUGUGAAGUGUGGUGACAGUGGUGACGAGGCGGGUUUGGGAGAACCCCGCGGCGAUCCCGAGAUGGCACCGGUAUAUCUGAAGUUUUUCCUACCGACGUUCUGUAAAACUUUCCAAAGCACAAUGCUUGCUAGCGUGCGUAGAUCUAGCUUAGGACUGAUCAAGAAAAUGAUCCAGUAUGUUCAACCAGAGGUUCUUUCGAAGCUAUGCUCCUCGGAGGGACUGCAAAGCUACGAGCAAAGCUUAGGCACGCUUCUAGUCGAAGUCAUCGCGAGCGUACUGGACAAUGAGGAUGAUGAAGAUGGCCAUCUGGUGGUGCUAACGAUAGUGCAAGAGCUUAUGUCAAAAACGCAAAACGAUUUCCUCGAUCACUUCGCGCGGUUGGGCGUUUACACGAAGGUUCAAGCGCUGAUGGGUGAACCGAGCUUCGACGGUAACGACAAUAAUGAUGUGAUCAAAUCGACAUCUGACGACGCGAAAUCUUCGGCUACCGAAGCUUCCGGUUCCGCCACCGUAACGGUAACACCGGGUGGAUCCAGUGGUCCAGUAGUAGUAACCGCAUCUGCCACCGGUACGACGGUACCUGUCGAGGACGCUAAGGAGAUACUUCACGGAAAAGCUUACCAUUGGCACGAUUGGAGCAUUUGCCGUGGGCGCGAUUGCUUGUACGUGUGGUCGGAUUCGGCUGCGUUAGAGCUUUCGAAUGGAUCGAACGGUUGGUUCCGGUUCAUACUUGACGGCAAACUGGCGACAAUGUACUCUAGUGGAAGUCCCGAGAAUGGCAGUGAUAGUACGGAAAAUCGUGGAGAAUUUCUCGAAAAACUUCAGCGUGCCCGUGCUGCCGUUCGUCAGGGUACCGUGUCGCAACCGAUCUUGUCGGCGCCCAGCUUGGCACGCAUAGCGGUCGGCAAUUGGGUGUUGCAAAGUCAGAAAGAACAUCAACUACAUAUCAACAAUUCCGAGGGCCAUCAGGUAACGAUCCUGCAAGACGAACUGCCCGGCUUCAUCUUCGAGAGCAACCGGGGCACAAAGCAUACAUUCACUGCAGAAACAACGCUGGGACCAGACUUUGCAGCCGGCUGGAUAAACACGAAGAAGAAGAAAAUGCGCUGCAAGGCCGAGGCACAGAAAUAUCAGCUUAAUAAAUUGGCUCGUGAUUUAUACAACCGUUAUUUCAAGGCUGCACAAGCUAUACCACGAGGAGCCGUAGCGAAGCUGUCGAAGAUUGUGCACCAGAUCGAGAUCGCCUUAGAGGAGCAGCAAUCAUCGCCGAAGGCCGCACUCAUCUCUUGCUCAACGCAGCAGAUCACUCCCAGUAGUGUCAGUGUAAGCUGGCAGGAGAAGCUUUACAACGCUUUAAACGAACUGGUACAUCUGCUGAAUGAAGACGGUGUGAUUAGUGCGUACGAGAUGUACAGUUCCGGUUUGGUGCAGGCGUUGGUGGCAGUGCUUUCUCCCAACUACUGGGACUUGGGCAUGAACCGCAACAAAGCAAACAAAUAUCAAAAGCAACGACUAUCGAUCUUCAAGAAGUGUAUGUACGGAGGAGAAAUUAAAACAGGCCAAAACACGGCAGCUAUUCUGGUGCAGAAGCUGGUUGCGGUGCUGGAAAGCAUCGAGAAGCUGCCGGUGUAUAUGUACGAUUCCCCGGGCGGUAGUUAUGGACUGCAAAUAUUGACGAAGAAGCUUAGCUUCCGGUUGGAGCGGGCGACCUGCGAACAGACACUGUUCGAUCGGACUGGUCGUAACCUUAAGAUGGAACCGUUGGCAACCGUGGGACAUUUGAAUAAGUAUCUGCUGAAGAUGGUCGCUAAGCAGUGGUACGAUAUGGAGCGUUCAUCGUUUCUAUAUCUACGCAAGAUGAAGGAAGCGAAAUCGGGUACGAUGCAGUUCCGGCAUCGUCAUGAUUUCGAUGAAAACGGUAUCAUCUACUACAUCGGUACGAAUGGAAAGACGCUCGAGUGGGUCAAUCCGGCUCAGUACGGUCUGGUGACCGUGACGAGCAGCGAAGGCAAACAGCUGCCGUACGGUAAGCUAGAGGAUAUCUUGUCGCGCGACAGUGUCAGUGUAAAUUGUCACACGAAGGACAACAAGAAGUCGUGGUUCGCGAUCGAUCUGGGAAUAUUCAUUAUUCCGACGGCGUACACGCUUCGGCAUGCCCGUGGCUACGGUCGUUCAGCGCUGCGAAACUGGCUGUUCCAGAUGUCGAAGGAUGGCGUCAACUGGGUCACAAUGCUAACUCACACGGACGACAAAAGUCUCGCAGAACCAGGCAGCACGUGUACAUGGCCAAUCGACUGUUCCGCCGACGAGCAGCAAGGCUACCGGCAUGUACGCAUUCAUCAAAACGGGCGCAACGCAUCCGGCCAGACACAUUAUCUGAGCCUCAGUGGGUUCGAAAUCUACGGCAAGGUGAUGUCGGUGUGCGAGGACAUGGAUAAAACGGCAGCCAAAGAGAACGAGGCCAAGUUGCGCAAAGAGCGACGUCAAGUUCGUUCGCAGCUCAAGUACAUCACCGAUGGAGCGCGUGUAAUUCGCGGUGUCGACUGGCACUGGGACGAUCAGGACGGAAAUCCUCCCGGGGAGGGUACGGUUAUCGCGGAGAUCCAUAAUGGUUGGAUAGACGUGAAGUGGGACCAUGGUAUGCGCAAUUCUUACCGUAUGGGAGCUGAGGGCAAGUACGAUUUGAAGCUGGCCAAUGUCGAUGGACUGGUAGGUGGAGGUGGAAACAAUAAUCAGUUUUCAUCUUCCGCCAACAAGAAGAUCUACGACAAGUCGCUGAAUGUGUUGACCAGCCGGAAAUCAAGUUCGACACCUAGUCUGCCGGAUGCGACAACCGAAAACCGAUCGUCCGUUGCCUCUACCGAACAGGCAACGUCAGCCGACAACCUGUCCUGGAAGCAGGCGGUAGAAGUGAUCACGGAGAAUGUUCUUUCUUCGGCUCGCUCAGAUCUAGCUACGGUCGGUAGUGGCGGUAGCAGCAAUGAUCUGUCCUCAUCGGUGGUAACUUCCGGCGCCGGUGGUGGCAACAAUCAAGAAGUAUCCGUCACGGUACAUUCAUCGUUGAGCGAACGUGGUAACAAUAUUCCCGAUCUGUCCCAAAUUAACAGCAGCACGUCGAUGUUGGUAUCGGACUUGGCCACCAUUACGGAGAAUCUGUCUCUGUCGGAUGGUCCGACAAAACAGAGUGCUGCAGCAACGUCGUCUACUGGCACCGGUCAGCAGUUUGUGAGCAACAUUAGCGGCAACAGUGGAUCCGGUGUUCCCGUUCUGAUGGGAUCCUCGUCCUCAUCCUCCUCAUCUUCUGGCGGCAGCAGUGUUGCCAGCGGCAGUAGUGCAUCCAGCGGAAAGACCGGUCUAUCCUACCUACAGACAAGGUUGGACAUGAUGGGGAAAAUGCGCGAAGGUGUAGACAUGCUUCGAAACAACACGAACAAUUUUCUCUCCUCGGAGCUGCUCACCCAAACGAAUCUGCUUUCGUCCGUCAAGAUUGCGUUUCCACCAAUUCCGCCGACUACCGGCUCCGCGGGGAGCGGGGUUAGUGGAGGAGCAUCGUACGGAAAUAGCAUUUUUGUGGCAAGUACAAGCACCGGCACAAACUCGGCGGCACCAUCAGCGAUGGCUUCAACGGGCGCUAAAACACCUUCGGAUAAGUUCGAUGUGAAGUUCAACAAUACCGCCUCGUCGAAUGGUUCGAAUGUUUCUGUGAACACGUUUAAGAAGGUUCUGAACGAAGCAAAGCAGUUCUCGUCUGCGACCGAUUCAUCAUCUACCGGAGGACGUGAUGCGACGAAUAAUUUGAAGAACAACAUAGUGGUGGUUGGAUCAACGGAAACGGUUCUGGGAGCUUCCCAGGAUGAUCCUAAUGCAGACUGUCUGCUGGGAUCCGUGUCCGGUAGCGAUGGCGUAAAUGUGGUCCCCGUAGUGGUGCCCUCUUCGAAUCCGAUGAGCGUGAGCGUACCGAAUCUGACGACGGACAGUGCAUCAACGAUGCAGAACGAAGUCCAAACACCACCACCGGGACUGUUGGAAACUUUCGCCGCUAUUGCACGUCGUCGAACGUCUGGAAGUGGUUCGAAUUCCGUAACCAACGCCAAUAAUAACAAUGAGAACAACAACGCCUCAUCAAAUCCGUCUGGAGCGCUCGUUGGCGGUGUAAUGCAAAACAAUAGCAACUUUUUCCCGCGGGGUCCAAAUUCGGUUACGAGCCUCGUGAAGUUGGCUUUAUCCACGCACACCGGGCUGCUUAGCACGGCCCAAAGUUACCCGAGCCUGUUCAGUUCCACCUCGAACAACAACACAUCGUCCGGACCGGGCGGAGGCGGUAAUAGUGGCGGUGGGAACAACAACAACACCAACAAUAUGGUUGGAGUUGGUCAGGUUAAUCCACUGAACCCUGCCCUGACCAUGAGCUUAACCUCAACCUCAAGCGAUAGUGAGCAGGUGUCGUUGGAGGACUUUUUGGAGCAAUGCCGCGCACCGACACUGCUCGGCGAUCUGGAAGACGACGAAGACAUCGAGGAUGAGAAUGAUGACGAUGAAAACGAAGACGAAUAUGAGGAGGUUGGCAACACGUUGCUGCAGGUGAUGGUAUCUCGCAAUCUGCUUUCGUUCAUGGAAGAGAGAACUUUCGAGAGUCGGCUACCGACGGCAGGGAAACGAAAAUCCUGGGAUGAUGAGUUUGUGCUGAAACGUCAGUUUUCCGCACUCAUACCUGCGUUUGACCCACGUCCCGGCAAGACCAAUGUCAAUCAGACGAGCGAUCUCGAUAUUCCGGCACCGGGAACCAGCGGUGGACGAGCUGCCCAGGAUGCGCCAACGCUGUCACUGAUUUUGCGCGGUCCAAACAUUAAUGGAGUGAACGAUGUUGAGGUUGAUCUGACACACUCGGACUGGACGAUUUUCCGCGCCGUACAGGAGCUGAUGCUACAGACGUCUAUGCCCAAGCAGGAUAAGUUCCGCAAAAUCUGGCAACCAACGUACACGAUCAUCUACCGAGAGGCUACCCCCGGGUCCCACGGUUCGACAUUAUCUCCGAGCUCACCCAUUCCCGGAACACCGUCCAUUACCGGUGCUGCAGGUCCCAGCAGCGGUGGAGCUUUGUCCGCACCGGCAUCGUGCGGCAAUCAGCAGUACUGUUCGGUGGAGGACGUACUACAGCUACUGUCGCAGCUGAACAGCAUCAACCAAUCGCUAGCCUCCGCGCCGACCAACAACGACAAAAAUUUGAUACCGGACGUGGAAUCCCAUUACCUAAACCCAGAGGUAUUUAUGAGCAAGAAGAUUACGAACAAGCUGCAGCAGCAGAUCCAGGAUCCGCUCGUCCUUUCCAGCGGUAGCUUGCCAAAGUGGUGCGAAGAAUACAACCAGAGCUGUCCGUUCCUGUUUCCGUUCGAGACACGCCAACUGUACUUUAGCUGCACGGCGUUCGGUGCGUCGCGCAGUAUCGUAUGGUUGCAAUCGCAGCGUGACGUUAGUCUGGAGCGUCAGCGAGCGCCGGGUCUUAGUCCACGGCAUGCCGACCAACAGGAGUUCCGUGUCGGACGGCUAAAGCAUGAACGUGUGAAGGUACCACGGGGAGAGAAUCUGCUCGACUGGGCCCAGCAGGUGAUGCGGGUGCACUGCAAUCGAAAGUCAGUGCUAGAGGUGGAGUUUGUCGGAGAGGAAGGUACCGGUUUGGGACCGACGCUCGAAUUCUACGCGCUCGUGGCGGCUGAGCUGCAACGCAGCGAUCUCGGCAUGUGGCUGUGCGACGACGAAGAACCGAAACUGAUCGAGGACGAGAUCGACCUUGGCGAGGGUAGCAAACCGGUCGGGUAUUAUGUGCGGCGUUCGACCGGUCUCUUUCCGGCACCGUUACCACAGGAUUCGGAUAUCUGCGAAUAUGUGUCCAACUACUUCUGGUUCCUAGGCGUGUUUUUGGCGAAAGUGUUGCAGGACAACCGGUUGGUCGAUUUGCCCUUGUCCAACAGUUUCCUGCAGCUGCUCAGCCACAGUCGCUCGAUAUCUCGCGGUGCCUCCAGCCAUUCGCUGUUUGGCGGUGUUAAAUCGGGCGUAAGCGAUGACAUUAUGAUCUCGUCCAUCAUGUCGGAGGAAAGCGAUCGCGACCGUGAUCUGCUGGUGGACUCGUACCAGUCCAAGAUGGCGACCAGUGAUGGUGCGUGGUACGAUGGUAUACUGUCGCAGGAGAACCUGCAGGAGAUUGACCCGAUACGGUACCAAUUCCUGCGGGAGCUGCAGGAGCUGGUGCAGCAGAAGCAAAACAUCGAGCAGAACGAUAUGCUCAGCUCGGAGGAAAAGCUCCAGCAGAUCAGUGAGUUGAAGCUAAACACCAAAACGGGCUGUGUGGCGCUGGAGGAUCUGGCGCUUACCUUUACCUAUCUGCCGAGCUCGAAGAACUACGACUAUGCGUCGGCCGAUCUGAUACCGAACGGGUCGAACAUUGAUGUGACGAUUAACAACGUGGAGGAGUACUGCAAUCUGACGAUUGCGUUCUGCCUGCAGGAAGGCAUCGCCCGCCAACUUGCCGCAUUCCAUCGCGGGUUCUGUGAGGUAUUUUCGUUGAACAAGCUGGCCGCAUUCACGCCGGAUGAGAUACGCAAGAUGCUGUGCGGUGAACAGAAUCCUGAAUGGACGCGCGAAGACAUCAUGACCUACACCGAACCGAAGCUAGGAUAUACCAAGGAAAGUCCUGGUUUCCUGCGCUUUGUCAACGUGCUGAUGGGCAUGAAUGGAUCGGAAAGGAAAGCGUUCCUUCAGUUUACCACCGGUUGCAGCAGUCUACCGCCCGGUGGUUUGGCAAAUCUGCAUCCACGUCUCACGGUGGUGCGCAAGGUGGAUGCUGGCGAGGGUUCCUAUCCGUCGGUCAACACCUGCGUACACUAUCUUAAGCUGCCGGACUACCCGAACGAGCAGAUCCUUCGCGAGCGUCUGCUGACGGCCACCAAGGAGAAAGGGUUCCAUCUAAACUAA